AUGAUUAUAUGUGCGAUCGGAUCGAUCGCUGGCGUUUUUUCGUCUGACGUUCCUGUAGAUCGCUGCGUGUGGUACGGUGAAUGUAACGCAGAAAGCGAUACCCUGAAACAGAAUUGUCCGUACGAUGGUCAUGCGAAGAGUCUUGACGACGAAGAUAAGAAUGUUCUACAGGAUAUUUGUCCAGAUUUUGUCAGUCGAUCAGAUGGCUUCUGCUGCGAUCGAAACCAGGUUCGCACUUUGCGUAGCAGUACACGACUGGCCGCAUCGCUUUUCGGACGUUGCCCCGCGUGCUCUCGAAAUUUCGCCUUGGUCUGGUGCGAACUUGCAUGCAGCCCUGUUCAGUCGUCUUUCCUUAAUAUCACUGGGUUCGGAUACAGCGCCGAAACAAACAAAACGUACGUGACGAACAUUCACUUCUACGUGAGCAGGACCUUUGCCGAGGGAAUAUUCAACUCGUGCAAAGAAGUUCAGUUUCCAGGAAUUAGUGGGAAGGCCAUCGACUUAACUUGCGGAACCAGCGCUGGAAAAUGCGAGCUCUCCCAAUGGCUCUCGUUUAUGGGCAGUCGCUCUAAAAACGCCUUCGCUCCUUUUGACAUCGAUUUUCAUGUGAUACCGACGAACUCUGACGUUUCACCGUUUAUGCCCCUGAAUCGCUCUGUUGUUCCAUGCAAUCGCGGAGUAGGUGAAAACUCUUUGCCUUGCAGCUGCUCCGAUUGUGAAGAGUCUUGCACCUCCAUGGUCGAAUAUCCGACGCACAAGGAAGUUAGAGGUAUUGUUGGAAGAUGGAAUUGUUUUCCGUUUGCGUCCGUUGUGCUGCUCCUCAUGGCCUGCAGCGUUUUUGUAGCCGUCGGGGUUCGGUACUUAAUUGUGCGGAAUAGUGCUGAACUGGCUGUAUGUGAAUCUGCGGUAGUGAAAUUCGAGGAACGCGUUUCGUUACUUGCUCAAUGUCGUUUGUGGAUCCGAAGAUCAGUCGAGACAACGUCUUACCGAUGGGGUGCAUUUUGCUCCCGCCACGCCAUCGUCGUUGCAACUUGCAGCUUCUUUGUAGCUGUUGUGUGCUCUUGCGGAAUAGUGUUCGUAAGAAUUUCUGCCGAUCCAGUGGAGAUAUGGUCGAAUCCUAGCAGCCAGACCAGAAAAGAGAAAGACGACUUUGAAGCUCGUUUCGGGCCGUUCUACAGAACUGAACAGCUCAUAAUCGUUCCUAAUGAUCAAACUACUUUUAACCUUUCGGAUGUGGCAGGAUUAGAAGAUGUUGUCUUUGGACCAGUUUUUCGCCGAGAGUUUUUGCUCGAAGUGCUGCAGUUGCAAAAUGAAAUCGAAAAUCUGACCGUUGACGCCGAUACUGGCCGUUGCGUUUUUUUAUCCGACAUUUGUUUCAAGCCGACCUACCCUGACAACCGAAACUGUACGAUUUUAAGCGCUCUCGGCUACUUUCAAGGCAGUGCGUUGCUGUUAGAAGACACAGAUGAAUUUCUUUGGCUAAGGCAUAUCAAAGCUUGUAUUGCGUCUCCCGCGCUUGCUAGCGACAUUGAAACGAAUGGACUGUCAUGUCUCGCGCCUUUUGGUGGGCUGCUCAUGCCCUACGUUGUAUUUGGGGGAUACAAAGAUGAAGAGUAUUUGUUGGCGAGUGCCUUGGUCAUUACUAUCAUCGUCAAUAACCAUAUCAAUCCACUUCUGAAUGGCGACGCAAAAUUGUGGGAAUGCAGACUUGUUCAGAUGCUUUCCAUGUUCCGCAGCGCCAACCUAACGGUUGCGUUUAACACUGAAAGCUCGAUCGAAACUGAAAUUGAUAGCCAGAGCCACUCAAGUUUGCCAACCGUGCUGCUCAGCUACUCAGUGAUGUUUGUCUAUGUCGCAGUCUUUCUUGGAAGUUACAGCACGCAACCACGCGGCAGUAUUUGCUGCAGUCUAUUUCAUCUUCUUGUACGCUCAAAAAUUCUUUUGGGACUUGCCGGUGUUAUCAUAAUCUUCAUAAGCAUCACCAGCUCCGUUGGUAUCUUCGCACUGUUCGGCCUCCCGGCUACACUCAUAGCCAUCGAAGUCAUGCCUUUUCUCGUUCUCGCCGUUGGAGUCGAUAACGUAUUUAUGCUUGUGCGAACUUAUCAGGCUGGCCGGCUUGAAAUUUUUUGUUGUGUGAAAGUGGAAUUGAACGAAGGUGCACCAACGGCAGAUUGGCUCUCCCGCUUUUUCCGCGGUUAUUACAUUCCGAAGCUGUUCAUGACGCCCGUUCGCAUAUCAGUGCUUGUUGUAUUUUUGCUCUGGACUUGCUGUUCCAUAUCGGUUAUUGGGAAGCUGAGCAUAGGCUUAGACCAAACAUUGUCCAUGUCAAAGGAUGCUGCGGCUUAUCAGUAUUUUACUGCGUUGCGAAAGUUCCUGACCGUAGGACCGCCGGUUUACUUCGUUUUACGAGGCGAUAUUGACUACAGUGAUGUCAACGUUCAAAACUCGCUGUGCGGUAGCGUAGGCUGUUACGCUGAUUCUUUGUCCGCCCAACUUUAUCAAGCGUCAUUGUACGCAAACAGGUCAUACGUGGCUGCAGCUGCGUUCAACUGGAUUGACGAUUAUUUUGAUUGGAUGCGAUCAUUUCAAGGAUCUUCGUGUUGUAAAACGUAUUCGAAUGGUACUUUCUGUCCAUCUCACUUAACCAGUGAUGACUGCCAGAGUUGCGAAACUAACUUCACUACGGGCCGAAUGAAACCGAACAUAUUCAACAUGUAUCUGCGUAACUUUUUGCUCGACAAUCCGAACAGUUAUUGUACCAAAGGAGGCCACGCGGCCUAUGCUAGCGCGCUAUACUUUGAGAAAGAACGCCUGUCGAGCAGCUACUUCAUGACUUAUCAUACGGUGCUGCGUGAUUCGUCUGAUUAUUUAAAUGCACUUGUGAACGCCAGAGCCAUCGCUGAUAACAUCACUCGCUCUGUUCAAAGUCAUACCGGUUCGCGGGCGUCUGUUUACCCUUACAGUAUCUUCUACGUUUUCUAUGAGCAAUACAUUACGGUUGUUUACGAGUUGCUAAAGCAGGUAUCUUUGUCGAUGGCCGCGAUUUUCGUUGUUGCGACGUUGCUGCUCGAACUCCACGUCUGGAUGUCAUCUGUGAUUAUAAUGACGCUUUCCAUGAUUACCCUGAACCUGAUGGGUCUGAUGUACUGGUGGAAUAUCUCACUGAACGCUAUAUCUGUGGUCAACCUCGUCAUGGCUGUCGGUAUUUCGGUCGAAUUCUGCGCUCACAUUGUUAAGGCAUUCCUCAUUAACGAUGCCGCCGACCAAAUUGAGCGUUCAAAAAGUGCCCUAGAAUCAGUCGGAAGUUCGAUCUUCAGCGGCAUUGUCCUAACGAAAUUCUGUGGCAUAUCCGUAUUGGCUUUCAGUAAUUCCGAGCUGUUCCAGACAUUUUACUUUCGCAUGUACCUGGGCAUCGUUCUUUGUGGAAUGGUGCAUGGUCUUGUGUUUCUUCCAGUGUUUCUUAGUUUUUUCGGUAAUAUGCUUUGCGAUAUUAUUCGUUAA